UCUCACAUCAAACUGCAUAGCCGUUCUGCUUCUUCGAUUCUUGGAGAUCUUCCGUUGGUGUUCUUGUUUUGGAAUCGAUUCAGUUUAGCGAUUGAUCCAAAGGUGAAGCAAUGGAAACAGAGCAUGUCAAGAACAAGAAGUUUUAUUGGCCGAAAACAGUGAUGAGGAAAUGGCUAAAUAUAAAGAGCAGAGCCGAUGAGUUUCAUUCCGAUUAUGCCAUCAAAGCAGCGGCUUUGGGUACAAGUGACCGGAGGAGGAGCUGCUCCGACGAAGACAACUAUGUCUUCCUACCCCAAGAAUACUCAGAUCAUGGGUGGUGGACGGAGGGAACUGAACGUAUUAAAAGACCAAGAUUCGAAUCUGAUGCAUCAGAUUCUACAGAAACUCAAAACCUAAGGAUGUUCGUGGGGACAUGGAAUGUAGGAGGGAAGCCACCUCACGAGGGUUUGAACUUGAUCGAGUCUUUAAACACACCUGCACCUGCUGACAUUUACGUUCUUGGGUUUCAGGAAAUCGUCCCUUUAAACGCAGGGAAUGUAUUAGGGGCGGAGGACGAAGCUCCAGCUGCGAGAUGGCUUUCCCUGAUUCGCCAAGCUUUGAAUAACACCAACGAGAAGGAGACAGAGUUCGGCCAAAAUUACACAAGUGCCACUACUGAAGCCGAGCCCAGAACCUGUUCCCCUUCCGGUACCGGUACUACAUUAAAUUCCGGCCACCCGCAAUUGCAGCAGAAUCCCAGGGUCAGCUUCUCAAAUCUGCUUUUGAGUCCGUUGAACGAGGAGAAGGAAGAGGAAGAGGAGGAUUGCUUGAGAAGAAAUUCAAGUUCGCAAGAGAGUUGUAGUAGUAAUUGUGACUUUAAAUCAUGCGACGAAGGCUUUCUUCCAAGCACACCAGGUUCGCCGAGAAGGCAGAGCAUCAGUAGCAGCAGCAGAAGCAGCGACAGAGAUAGGGAUAGAAAUAGGAAUCGAAUGGGGGGUCGUUAUUGCUUGGCGGCCAGCAAGCAGAUGGUGGGGUUAUUCCUAUGCGUGUGGGUAAGGGCUGAUCUGAAUCGGCACAUCACCAAUUUGAAGGUCUCUUGUGUCGGAAGAGGAAUCAUGGGUUAUCUGGGAAAUAAGGGAUCAAUCUCCAUCAGUAUGACGCUGCACCAGACAACCUUCUGCUUUGUAUGCACACACUUGACGUCGGGGGAGAAAGAAGGCGACGAAGUGCGGAGGAAUUCCGAUGUUAUGGAGAUACUCAAGAAGACGAGAUUCCCUCCCUUUCCCUCUCCCUCUCAUUCUUAUGGAGUGGCUGCACUAGGACAGGGAUUCUUCCCCCAUACCAUCAUGGCCCAUGAUAAGAUCGUUUGGCUGGGGGACCUAAAUUACCGUCUCUCAUCCAGCAACGGCGACACUUAUGAACUGUUGCAGAGGAAUGACUGGCAAGCCCUCCUAGAGAAAGAUCAGUUGCAGAUAGAACAGAGAGCAGGAAGAGUAUUUCAAGGUUGGGAAGAAGGGAAGAUAGAAUUCGCUCCUACGUACAAGUACCUGGCUAACUCUGACUGUUACGUUGCCCAGUAUUCUUCAUCUACUAGUACUAUUUCUUCUAAAGAGAAACGUCGCACACCUGCCUGGUGCGAUAGAAUACUAUGGAAAGGGGAAGGGGUGAAGCAGAUGUGGUAUGGGAGGGGUGAGUCCAGGUUCUCAGACCACAGGCCCGUCUACUCCCUCUUCUCAGUAGAAGUACUGGACGUGGCCAGCAAAUCUAACUCCAGCACCACCACCACUACCCAUCAUCCAUGUCCUUCCUCAUCGUCGCGUAGCAGCAGCAGUAGCGCCAAGGCAAUGUCAGCGUCGCGUGUGGCCAGGGUACAGGCGGAAGAACUCCUAGUAGCCAGGGCACACAGCUGCUUCGAGAGCGUCUCCAGGUACGGAGAUAAGAUGUUAUCUCAAGUCUCUUAA